AUGAAGCGCACGCGUCAAGAAGUCGAUGAUGAGCCUAUUGAAGUUCACGAUAGUGGGUUUAUGUCACCUAUGGUGAUAUUUCCUACAUUUCCACAUAAUGAUACAUUUGUGGAAAGUUGUAAAAUGAAAAUAGUUGCAGGACCUGUUGCAAAUCCUGAUGCUGAAGAAUAUACAUUUUCUCAUGCACCGAAUGAUUACGGUGUUAUGGAUCUUCAAAAUGCUAAAAUUAAAGCCACAAUUGCGCUAACAACUGCGGCUAAUGCCGACUUGGGUGCUGAUCAGAUUGUCACAUUAUCACAAUCACCACUUAGAAUGGGUUGGAAAUCACGAGAAAUAUUAUUAAAUAAUCAACGUAUUAACUCAUUAUCAUCACAAGAAAAUGAAAUUGCCUACAUUGAUCAUUUAACACGUGAAAUACCUACAGGCUAUGUACCCGAAGAAAAAAUAACGGGAUGUAUUCAUAACACCCCUGGUUCAGCCGAUAGUAUUGUAGAAUUACUUGAUCCCACACAUGCCAAUAAAGGUGCCGGUAAACGUUAUGCACUAUGUCAUGAAGAUACGAAAUUUGAGUGUUACGAUGUCAUUAAUGUUAUGGGUGAUAAUAAACGAUAUGUAUUAUCAUCAUUUGAAUUAAAAAUUAGAUUAACACGUCUGGAAAAAACAAAAACCUUAUUUGGCAAUGUUGGUCAUUGUGGUGCUGCAAAAAUACGUUAUCAUAAUUUAGAAAUUCAUAUUCCAGUUUAUAAACCAAAACAACAAUUAAUGAACGCCAUUAAUACGGCUAUGAUUCAAAAAGGUGAAGAAGCAAAAUAUUAUGUUCGGCAUCAUCGCUAUGUGCCUCUACCCAUGUUAACAGGUGAACGUAAAUUUGUAAAAAAUGAUCUUUUUACUGGUGCACGACCUACACGAAUUUUUGUAUAUAUACGUACACAAGCACGAUAUAACGGUGCGCAUAAUUCUAAUGCAAAUCAAAUGAUUUUUCCCAAUUUGGAAUUUAUAGGUUUUAAAAUUAAUGAUGCUUUUAUUGAACCGACUAUUGAAAAUUCUCGUGAAGCAUAUAUUAAUCUACGCCGUGUUUUGAAUCGUACCAACACUGAAAUGCCGUUUAAUUAUGAUGAUUAUUUAACCGAUUAUGGUUUUAUUGCAUUUGAUUUAACCGAAAACAAAGAUAGUUACAAUCAAAUAUUACCCAAUACAACCAGUGGUAAUGUGAGUAUUGAUUUACGUCUUUCCCAACCCUUGACCGCUAAUAGUCAAUUGAUUAUUAUUGGUGAGUUUAGAAAUCAAUUAUCUUGUGGUUACCAAACCGAAGCACGUUUAAAAUUCGCGUAUUAA